AUGAAAAGGCAUUCUACAUCAUCCAGCUCAGAGAGACCUUCAAAAGGCGCAAAGCUAAAUGGAUGUACAGUAGCACCAACUCAAGAAGCGAAUUAUUCCAGCACAGUAAAUCAAGAAGGCGCCCCUUCUUCCUCAAGUAAACCAGGGCUUUCGAAAAAAGCACAACAAAAGAUUGACAAGCAAAAUGCACUUUUAAAAUUCAAAACAGAGCAAAAGGCUCUAAAAGAAGUCAAGUGCCCCUCAUGUGAGUUAACAACACACGCGCGAUCAACGAGUAACCUGUGUCCAAACAAGAAAGCAAAAGUACCUGUUUGCAGCCCUGAUGAAAGGGUUGAAAACUUUGUAAUCAAGACAUCCUUACCUAAUGUUUGUAACAAUCAACAACUUGUUCAGUAUAUCAAGGAUCUAACAGAUUAUACCACCAAAGUUUUGUUUGUGGGAUCCCUUUUUGCCAAUUUCAUCUUCGUCAAACUGCUCGAUGACAGCCAGACUAUUCCAAUUAUUGAACAAAGUUUAUUCACAAAUAUAUUUGCGGUAAUGACUGAAAAUGGAAAGAGAGCACUAAACUAUCUCAAAGAAUACUUCACUCUUUUCUGUGAAUUAACAACUGUAGACCGCGACUCUUUAAAAAGUAUAAACUAUUCAAGUAUUCCCUCCAUCGCUGGGAAGAAAACCGAAUCUGACUUGACUGAUUUUUACUACCAUUUGUUCAAUUUUACAAAAUUGGGAUUUCGUACUAGAGACAGUCUUACGAGUGGGAAGAAGUUUAGAAACGUUAUAACGACGGAUGGUCAUUCAAUAUCUUUUCUUUUUACCCGAACUGUCAAGAGAUCUUUGGCAACAACUAAAAAUCCCUCAGAUUUUAUUGAUGACAUCCGAAAUGGCUGUGAUAUUUGGGGAGUAGGCCCUGGUGUUUCUACAACCUUAACCGCCGUAGAUACAUCUGGAAGGCAAAGGACAACAAGCUUGGAUGAAUAUUAUCAUCUGUGUGGUUAUAAUAAUGCAAAUUUUAUACGAAAGAAGCAUCAAGAACAACACACGGCUCAGUUUUUGAAAAUUUCUAAUUUAAGCUCACUGAAGACAUCAAAUAUCACAGAGUUUACAAAAGCCUGCCAAGAAAGACUCAGUUUGUAUGAUGAUAUUACAAGUUACUAUAAUGAAAAUGCCUGGUCAUCAAAAUUGAAGUUUCAAUGCUAUAUUCGUAAACAAAAAGGGGUGCAUGAAAUCUGCAAACGGUUAAUGCACGGAAGUGUAAAGUAUAACAAGAAGGCGUCUACUAGGGCCAAGACAUCGCCUGCUGAAAAUGAAAGCAAAUAUUGCCCUCCUGCUCCUCUUGAUCAUCCUGACAAGCCCAGAAAAACAAUAAUUGCUUUUAGCGAUGGUAUGUUUAACAACAGCCUGAGAGGAAACAGAGGGGCACCUGUCCGCCUUUAA